AAGAAAAAAAAAUGAAAAAUCUGCUGAUUUUUCAUCUCUUCUGUCUAAUUUUCAUCACAUUUGCUGAAAGAUCAACUGAUGCUUGGACCAAAGAGUUUGAAGUUACCAGAUGGGAUGGAUACAAUGGCUUGCAAGAGUAUCUGAAUGAAAAUUUGCAACAAGGAUCUGAAGAAGAGAAAGCAGAACUUCCAUCAGUAUUACUUCAACGAAGAUUGUUGGGAAAACGCUACUCAAAUGGAACGGUAAUUUAUGAUAAUAAAGUUAAAUAUAAACCGAUUGUCGUUGUAAUCAAUAAACGUGGAAGAAGUACACUCUAUUUGAAUUAUCUCUACGUGUCCAUCGCUUUUCUCGUGGCUGCAGGUUUAUUGUUUGUAAAUGGAAGGGCAAUGUGCAAAUCAGAAGCUUUUGUUCCUGUGAAAAAUAUUAAUGAUUCGAACAAACCACAACGUGAAUACCCAGUGUCUCUGACUUUGUAUCUUGGACAAAAAGCCGAAGAAAAAACUCCGAUCAUUAAAAAAGCACCACCAGCGGCCAAACCUACCCCUGAAAAUAAGAAGACAAAGUAGAAGCGAACUUGUAAUUUGAAUAUUUUUUUUUCAUACAAAUAAACGUUUUAUAAA